GGCUGGUGCUGAAGAAAGAUAUUACUCUGUUUGCUGUGCAAGUUAAACUUUGGCCGGGAGUCCAUUGUCUCCUGUGUCUAUCAUUUAAUGGGAGCUUUGACAUAAUGAAUGAAGGGGUCCCACCUCCGUCCCCCAGAAAGAGCCAGUCUUAUCAGAGCCAAUCACAGCGCGCAGCAUUGUCCCCUUUGUGCUUUUUAAUGAAGUUAACUCUUCACACGAGAGGAGAAACUCUUCUGAGCGCUCCAGACUGGAGCAUGCUGACGAGGAACCUGAACGACAUGGCUGGCUUUCCUCAUCCAGGAUUCGGGAAUUCUGGGAAGUGUUUUCUGAUAGAGAACCUGCUGCGUUCCCCUGCGCCGGGUGUUUCGGGGCCGCCGGGGCUGAUGCUGAAGGACAGGUGUGUGUCUCAGGACGGGGAACCAGGUCAGACACCGUCAGUUAUCAUGAGAGGUGUUUCUCUGCCCCGCUGCUCUGGAUCUGGACCGGAGAUGACUUCUGCUCCUCUGUGCCCUAGGUCAGUGCUGUGGAGCUCCAGGUCUCGGCCGGGAAUCCUGCGAAGGGCCGUGUUUUCUGAGGAGCAGAGACGAGAGCUGGAGAAAACCUUCCUCAAGCAGAAGUACAUCAGCAAACCUGAGCGCAAGCGUCUGGCCGGCGACCUCAGUCUGAAAGAGACGCAGGUGAAGAUCUGGUUCCAGAACCGCAGGAUGAAGUGGAGGAACUCCAGAGAGAAGGAGAGCACACACACACGACCGCCGAUGGAGCGACUGAUGCUCUGGAGCCGUCCUGAACCGGACAAAACACACACACACACACACACCGGUGCACAGCCCGAUCCCUGAGACCAGAUGACACCUCAGACCAGAGAACAGACUCUUGAUGCCAAACACUGCAAACAUCCGAAAAAUAACGGAAAAGCCCAAACUUUUGGAAAGACUUUACAAUACAUUUACAUGAAUUAACAAUGAUAUAUAAUAUAAAUACUUAUGAACCAUGUUUUAAUCAUAGUCAAUGUUCAUUUCAACAUUAUAGGAUACUACAUCAUAGCUAUGGCAUAAAAAAAUCAUAAAUAUGAUAAAUUAAGUCAUAAUUGUGAAAUUAAAAUUCUAGUUUAUAAGAUACGAAGCUAUAACUGUGAAAAUAUGAUACUAAGUCAUAAUUAUGAAACUAAGUCUCAAUUAUGAGAUAUUAACUCAUUAUUUUGAAAUUGAAUCAAAAUUAUGAUAAAAGUGAAAAACAUGGGAUACUAAGCCAGAAUUAUAAGAUACAAUUUGAAAUCAUAUCAGCAAUUGUGACAAAUAAACAAUGCAAUACUGUAUGAGAUAUUCACAAUUCUCAAAUGAAAAACUCAGAAUUAUGAGAUACUAAGCUAGCUGUAAUUAUGAGAUAAAUAAAAUUAUUAUAUAAAAAAGUAAAAAAAAAUAUUGUGGAGGGUGGGUAUAUUGUGGGUGAUUUACUAAAAAUGCACAAAUUAAAGAGUACAGACACAACAUCUCAUUUACGACAGAUAUGUUCAGAUAAUGUGUUCUUCUGGCAUUCAAAAUAAAUUAAUUUAUUAAUUAAUAAAAAAUCCUCCUCCUUUUACCAUGCACUCUCUUCUAUAGUUUAAUAUGUGCUUUAAAUAAUGGUGCAAGUCUAUGAAAUAAAAAGUCUAAAUUAUGAGAUCCUAAAUUAUAAUUAUGAGAUAAUUUAUUAAUUUAUAAAUACAACUUUUUUAUACUAAUUGAUCAUUAUAAAAUAAAAGUCAAAAUGAGAUAUGAGAUACUAAAGUCACAGUUAUGAGAUAAAAAACACCUUCUGACAUGAAAAGUAAAGAAUUGAUACCAAGUCAUAAUUAUGAGAUACUAAAUCAUAAUCCCUAACAAUAAAUAAACCGUUGUAUUAUAUUAACUAACACAUGUAUUGCUUUCUGCUAGUCAAUGUUAGCUAAUACAUUCAUUAAUGUUAACUAAUGUGACUGUAUUGUAAAGUGUUACCAAAAUGUCCGAACUGAAUUUAUAUAUUUCAAGUUGUUCUCUCAAAUAUUUUAUUGGUUAGAAAUUGCACUGGUGCCAAAGUGUUGUAAAAUAUGCUUCAGUAUGAUGAAUGUGAGUAAUCUUUAUUCAUGUGUAAUCAGGUCAUUUGAAUUCUCCUUACUACUGCAGUGUGUGGUCAUUAAGCUCUUCAUAAGAUGCACAACUAACUGUCAUAACCAGCUCAAUUACAUGUGCUUUUAUUCUUAAUCUUGCAUAAAGUGUAUAUUGUAAAUCUUGAAUUACGUUUAGAUGAGAAAUAUUACUUUGGA